AUCAGAGAUAGAAAGAGAGAGUAGGGAGAACGUCUUCCUCAGGAUGACAUCACUCUCUACAUUACAUAUAUGAAGUAAAUUUCAGGACCUUUCUUUUUCACUUCUCAUUCAGAUUUGCUUCUUCUUCUUCAUCUCUCAUCAUCAGAAUUUGAGCCGGAAGUAGUAAGAAUAUAUUAUUGUUGGACGGAUUGAUCCGAUCGAGCUUAUUAUUUUGAGUUGGUUUUCGAUCACUCAAUUUCAUUAUUAAUUCAUAACCAUGAUUUGUUUGCAUUCUGAUUUCUAAGAGAUUUUAUUCUUGGAAUAAAAACACAAAUUUGAUUACUCUCUGAUGGGGUUUUGAUUGUCCGACUUAUUAUUAACGAAUCAAAUUCGGAUCAGAUCGCUUUUUUUUCCUUCUAAAUUUUGGGCAGAGGAAGAAGGUAGCAGUUUCUAAUUGCAGGGGACUUACAAUAUCAGACAAAUUUGGACGAUUCAAUCUUUGACUUGUUGUUAGAUUUUGCAAAUGGUUGAUUGCCGGAGUUUGAUUGAAUUCUGCAAAGCUUUUGAGCAACAUAGGAACAUGGCAAAUCCUUCAGGGAUUUGGGAUCAUCGGAUUAACCACAAUCAAUCUCGUAAUAAGAAGAAUAGUAACUCUUUAAACCCGCUAUCCCACCCUUUUUGUGACCACUCGCCAUUCGCUGCAAUUGAUAUCAUUCUACUGGUAAUGGUCCUUGGUGCACUUGGGGUUCUAACGGUACCAUACUUCAAGCUAAUUUUUCGUGAGGUUUCAGAGCUUCUACCGGCAGCUUGUGUUCUCAUUGGGGAUGUUAUAUAUAAUGCACCUGUUGCUUAUGCAGUCGGAUUAGUUGUAACAUUUGUUACAGUGAUCGUGUUGUGGGAAAUAGUUCAUCAUAAAUCUAGAAAAUGUGGGAAUCCUUUCUGCAAGGGUCUGCGUAAGGCGGUAGAGUUUGACAUCCAGCUUGAAUCGGAAGAAUGUGUUAGAUACUUGCCACCAGUGCCCGAAGACAUAUAUGGGAUUCAACCUUUGGAACUUGGGCAAGACCAUAAGGAAUUGGAAGCGGAGCUGAAAAAGAUGGCCCCACUCAAUGGGCGGACUGUUCUUAUCUUUCGAGCUCCUUGUGGAUGUCCUGCUGGUAGAAUGGAGGUUUGGGGCCCUAAGAAACUUCGAAGGAUUAAGAAGUAGUAUAAGAUGCUUUAAAUUUCUUAUCAUGUUCUUUCAUAUUAAUAAAACUGUGAAGUAUGAAGUAUCAGUUGGUUCACUGACUACUUGUUCCCCACUUUUAGAAUAAGUGAAAUGCAGUAUUGCUUCUGUGGUGGUCGCAUUUGUUGGGGAAUAUUGUAUCUUUGCUACCUCAUAUGAUGUACAAGGACCAAAAAUAUAUUAUCAUAGAUUUUAGUUCCAUAUUUGGUCAGUAAUCAUGAAAUGUUGAAUUUUACAUUUACAUCCAGUAUUAGAAUGACAAAAAGUUUCUCUCCUUUUAAGCUUAAA